GUUUUGAUAUGAACACACGUGCAGGGCCCACCGCUAACUCGGACACCGAGUGGGAACGUCAGUCGGCCAUCUAGACAGGCCUAGCUGGAUAAACAUGAGUGAACAAGGCGGUGGAGAUUUGCCGGAGCCCAAAAUUGAACAGCUCAUGGCCAAGCUAAGGAUGCUUCAACAAGAGAAGAGACAACUUGAAGAGGAAGUCAGAGAUGCCCAGUCUGUGCAUGACAAUUUGCAAAAGGAGCUUGCAGAUUUACAAACCGAAGCUAAUGAACUGGAAGGAAUCCAUAAAGAUAAGAAAGAUGCAUCCAGCAAGCUGCAGUUGCAAUGUGAAGACUCUGAGCAGGACUUGAACAAGCAGCUGAAGCAGAACAAGACGAACGAGGAAUUGCUGGAACGAUACAGAUGUGAAAUCGAGGAAGUGAAGCUGAAACACAGGAAACUGCGACUGAGAUUCGAAAACCAACUUCUGCAACUGAUAGAGCAGCACAAGCAACUCGACUAUGCCUUUAAUCCAAAGAGACUCCCAGAUGAGUUGAAGAAAGCUGAAGACAUAAAACAUCAGCUGUCGUCAGCUGAACAAGUGAAGUUGGCUCAGCUGCACAAACUGGACGAAGAGUUAGAGGAGGCGAAGAAACAGAAGCAGUUUGAGACUGAAGAUGCACAGAUUCUUGAGUAAACCAAAUGACUUUGUGUUGUUUUGAGCCUGGUCUCUUGCUCAGGGACCAGGCUCAAUGGAAAUGUUACAUUUCCUUUAUGUCGUUGUUACAUAAAGAUUUCCUGAGUGAGAUAGUCUUAAACAGUCAAUUUAUAUGUUUUUCACUGCUGGUUUUAAGUACUUAAUUGACUCAGUCUGAGAUUUAACCACAUUUAAUAUCUAAAUUGUUCAUUACCUUUAUGUGGUUUUUGCUUUAAAUCUUAAAACUUUUGAACUUUUUUAUCUGUAUUAAGAUAUUCUAUGCUGAGGUUAUAUCUACCAAGUGUUCCAUAUAAAAAUGUAACAGUUGCAA